AUGAGUUAUCUGCAAGGCACCUUGAUCCCAAUGAAGAAAGUGAAAACCUUUGGGGGGGGGAAAAAGCAAACCAACAUCGGAAUGUACGCCGCCAAAGGCAUCAGUGACCCUUUCCCUAUGGAACGCUUUAUCCGAGGUUUUUGUCCAGCAAAGAGACAGGAAAAGCUUGAAUGGGCGGGCAUGUUCCUCUACGAUCCUUCGAUGUGUUGGCAGGCUGACGGGUAUGAACGGGGGGACCGGAAGGUGUGGGAGGUGGAGGAGGAGUCCCGGGUUUGCCAAGCCAAUGCUCCAGCCUCCAGAACCCCCACACGUACGCCGGCGGCUCCCGGCCCGCCCGCCGUGUGGCGGUUGCCACCCGGUGUCCGAUGUUGCAAUGUCACGAAAACUUUACUUGGGAGAUCACACGUCAUCCUUGUCGGCUAUGCCGCUACUGAUAUGCAAUGCUCAAAAGCGAAAAAGGCAGGUUUGUUUGAGAUGGGGUGGUCCGUUGAAAGGGCAAGAGAGGAAAUCAUGAAGGAUGCAAAUAUGGAAGAGUUGAGAGAGACUGCCCCGUAUUCUCUUGCAAGCUUGCAGCGAGAUGGGUUUGCGGGUCUUCUCAUUUAUCUUGAGUUGAGGAACUCCGAGGGUGGAAAUGCAAAUAGACAGAUAAUGGUCCGGUACCUGAGCCUUAUCAACAAGAAGAGCAAAUAUGCAGCAUUGCCUAAACAAAGACGAGUGGAAACUUGCAAGAUGAAAGAAAGGCGCAGAGAGCGAUUUGUCUUUGUGUCCAAUACCAUGCCAAGCUGCAGAAAAUCGACGUGCGGACUCCCGUUUCUCGACAGCUAA